GAAUUUCUCGGGGCAGCCAUCAUCCUCUUUUCGACCACUUAUGAUUACCUACCUCUACACAACGCUGCCCUUCUCCAAUCACUUUCACGAUUUUACCGGCAGCGAACCAUUUCCCUUCUCGAAUUAUCACUAUUGUCGCAAUGGCACGAUCCCAAGCAGUCGAUAAUUCCACAGCGGAAGCUCGCAUGCAAUCUGCCAGCGCACGAGCACCAACCAAAGAUGACCGAAAGAAAGAAUGGGAGGUCAAAGAAAUUCUCGAAGUAAAGAAGAGAUGGAAGAGUUUAUAUGCUAGGGCGUCUUGGGUUGGCUAUCGCAAUGAUCCCGAAUGGUAUCCCAUUUCCGAUUUUAAAACAUCGCCAUACUUGUUGAAGAAAUUCUAUCGGGAGAACCCCAAAGCACCUGGCCCUCCAACACAGCUGCCUGCUUGGGAAGAGGCUUUUAAGGCGGGAGAGGAUGACUAUGAGCACUUGAAUAGUAAUAAGCCUAUGAAUCCCGUCUCAAAGUCCAGAUAUCUCAAACGAAUGUUGGAUGAGUUGGAUGAGUUAGAUGAGUUAGAUGAGUUGGAUGAGUUGGAUGAGUUGGAUGAGUUGGAUGUGUCGGAUGAGUUGGAUGUGUCGGACGAGUCGGACAAGGGACCGGAUAAAAACAGAACAUGUGCUUCGCGAAUGAAGAGAUAUCAUCGUUAAAUUAUCUUUCUCCGAAUUAUUCCACGAAUAUUUUGUGCUUGCUGGAUAGCUUUCCUAUCAUGAUUCAAUAAUUUGACGACUUUGAGACAAAGAGCCACAGGGACACACUUACUAGGUAUAUUAGAGAACUUCGUAUCCGGAGGAAGAUUAUGAAGAAUUUUCAUGAGUUGGCAGAACACGAAGUCUCUCGCAGAUAUGGAGGAUAACUUUCAGAUCUAUCAGUGUUGUUAGCUGGUACCAUAUCAAAGUUGUUAAUUAAGUAGACAAAGUUACUUGCCCA